GCGUCUCUUGGAAAUAUACCAAGGUACCAUUUUUAGCCAUACUUUUCAGCCAUACCGCCUUCUUCUUUUUCCAUUUUCCAGACCUCUUAUCCUUUCCCACUCCACCAUCUUGUUUAUGUGACCUGUAUGUAGUUUUCGAGACCUGCCGUCGACGUUCUUGUGCGUCCCUCCAAAGUGAAGCUCUCCAACCUCACGCGCCCUCUGUCCGGGCUCAGCCGCCGACCCCGUCUCUCAUCACUGCCGGCGAGCUCCACGGGCCUCGCUGCAAGGACCGCCAGGAUGGGCCUACACCACCUUAUGAUCGGGACAUGGACCCCCCCAGGGGCCAUCUUCACGGUGCAGUUCGACGACGAGAAGCUCGAGCUGAAGCUUAUCAAGAGGACUGAGAUCCCCGAGGACGAGCCGAUAUCAUGGAUGGCCUUUGACCACCAGAAGAAGAACCUCUACGGGUCCGCCAUGAAGAAAUGGUCGAGCUUUGCAGUCAGGAGCCCGACCGAGAUCGUGCACGAGGCCUCACACCCAAUGGGCGGAGACCCAAAGGCAAACGACGCCACGACCAACACGCGCGCCAUCUUCCUCCUGGCGGCCAAGAAGCCGCCGUACAACGUCUACGCGAACCCCUUCUACAAGCACGCGGGCUACGGCAACGUCUUCACCGUCUCGGCCACGGGCGCCCUCGCCGCCAACCCGCAGAACUACCCCUUCCAGCCCAACACGGGCAUCCACGGCUCCGUCUUCGACCCGGACGAGACGCACCUCUACUCGGCCGACCUGACCGCCAACAAGCUGUGGGCCCACCGCAAGGACCCGGCCACCGGCGAGCUGGCCCUCGUCGGCAGCGUCGACGCCCCCUCGCCCGGCGACCACCCCCGCUGGGUGGCCAUGCACCCGACCGGCAACUACCUGUACGCCCUGAUGGAGGCCGGCAACCGCCUGUGCGAGUACGUCAUCGACCCGGCCACGCGCAUGCCCGUCUACACGCACCACUCGUGGCCGCUGAUCCCCCCCGGCACCGAGCCCACGCGGGACCCCGAGACGGGCAAGGGCCUGUACCGCUCCGACGUGUGCGCCGUCAGCUUCUCGGGCCGCUACCUGUUCGCCACCAGCCGCGCCAACCGCUUCGACCUCACCGGCUACAUCGCCGCCUUCCGCCUGCGCGACUGCGGCAGCGUCGAGCGCCAGAUCUGCCUCAACCCCACCCCGACCAGCGGCGGCCACUCCAACGCCGUCGCCCCCUGCGACUGGUCCGACGAGUGGCUCGCCCUCACCGACGACCAGGAGGGCUGGGUCGAGAUCUACCGCUGGAAGGACGAGUUCCUCGUCCGCGUCGCCAGGACCCGCAUCCAGGAGCCCGGCUUCGGCAUGAACGCCAUCUGGUAUGAUUAGGGCAUUCUAAGCACUCGAGUAGAUAAGCAAAUGGCACAGACAACUUGUAUCAGACAGCGUAAAUGUCA